CCGCGCGUGCGCACGUCUGACGCCACCGCCAUCUUGCACAACACCCGCCAAAACUUCACCUGUCAAAGUGUGUUUCGAAUUUGGAAAAUCGAACGUGACAGUUUAAAAGUGGACUGGUUGUCUUUUGUUUUUCCGUGAUCUUUCCCAGGCGUUGGACUUUUAAGAUAAACGGUGGACAGAAAGGAGUGACCGCAGUGAGUGUGACAGUGCAUUGUGUUCCGUUCUACAAUGAGUAGACGCUGGUGUUAGCGAACAAACUGCUCUCGACAUGCGAGUGCGUUAGUAACAGCUACGGGGCUGUUGACUUAGUGAGUUGACAUUUCGCGUCAAUGCCGUGUGUGUAGGCAAUGGCGUUGGCAAACUUCUCGAUCGCAGGCGUCGGCGCGGCCACGCCGGCGUUCGUGCCCACCUCUGCGACACCGCUCCGAGUCGACCUCGACGACUUGCUCUAUUCCCCCGCCGAAUACCAAGACGAUACACGUCCCGCACAACCCCAAGAAAAUGAACCCUUCACACAACCAAAUCAACGCAGGCCUAAAGUGAGAAAACGUGCCGGCACAGCGUACUUGCCACCGGCUAACCAGUACGCGCAUUACCCAAAUGAGGCUCAACAAAACCCUUACGCUUCACAACUACAUACGCAGGUUUACCCACAAAACCCAAGACUUAAUGUACAGAUAGAAAACCAGCGCGUUAAGGAAGUGAAAUCACCUUACGAUUCUGGACAGUACGAUAACACGGGGCAGUACGUUCAUGAUCCUACUGGUGACUAUGAUUAUGAACAAAAGAGAGUGAACCAGGGUCCGCCUGGUCCAGGUUACAGCCCUGGGUACGCGGACGCUCCUUACCCGCCGGCAACAAAGCCAAACCCUUCAUCUAGUCGAAGAGUCGAUGAGUAUCCGAGUCAAAAUGUGAAUAACUUCAAUUUUAACAGACCGCCUAGUAGUACAGAUAGCCCACCUAGGCCGCCUAAUAACCAAGGAAGCAAGACUCCUGGUAGUCAAAAUGCACCUGUGAAUCCUCCGGAAAGACCUAGAGGUUUUACUAAAGUGGAACAGAAUGGAGGAUCUGGUGGUAAAACGCAGUUACACGCAGUUCUUGACUAUGACGAGGAUUAUUACGACGAUCCUGAUCCAGAUUCAGGGCAGCCUUCAGUGACUCCGCUUCAGGGGCCCAUACUACUGCGCAACGGCUCAGUACCUGUGGUACCUUUGACGUCAUACAAGACCAUCAAUAAUGGCUCCUUCUACCAAAUACCUAUACUGUGGACAGCGCUAUCUUUAGCAUUGGGCUACGAGCUGCAAGGUCAGAUCAUAAGAGGGGUGCCAUGCGUGAAGCGUAACUUCCAGUUGUAUUGUCCCACGGCUGGCAACACCUAUCCAUUAGAUAAAAUCGAGAACUUCAUAGACGAAAACAAGGCGUUAAUAAAACGAAUGUACGGUUCGUUCACAACCCCCGCUGGGAACAGAGUGCGGAGAGCGCCGGGGGUACCAGACAUGCAUGAUGCUACCGGGGAUUCGUACUUCAGACACGUUCGACAAGCUUCGAAUACUAAGCUGCCUGAUGCUCAGGCGGUCAAUAAUACUGGCAGAGUAGACGCAUGCGAAAGCAAGACAGAGAUAAUGACGCCAUAUUGGGCACUCAACUCGGCGAGAAAGCUUCGAGCCAUCGUGAACACGAUGCAUUUUGAGCAGGCGAUACAUCAGGAGACAUGCAGUAAAACAACGACAGCAAGAUGUACGCGAGAUUGCGGCUGUGAGCAGAAGUACAAAUGGCAUCGACUGCUGGCCUACGAUCCUAAUGACGACUGCGCAGGCAUAUUCAUGGACUGGUUCUUAUUCCCAUCGUGUUGUGUGUGUAGGUGCAAUCCUUGAUGCACUUCAUUGUAUUGUGUAGUGACGCUUAGGAUGUUUACAGCCUUUUUGUUAUGUGACUGAAACGAAUGUGAGGAAAAGAAUUUUUUUUCACACGCCGAUAUAAGGCAAUUUUUCCACAUUAUGUUCAAAAGAAACUGUAAAUAUUAUAUGAAUUAAAAUAAGGACGCUAACUGUGGAUUUCAAUAAGCAAUCGAAGUACUUAUCUGUUGUAUUGCGUACUAAUCACAAAAGUACAAGUAAAGUAAAUUUUCUACCUCUUGUAAGUAAAUCAAUAGAUUAAUAAGAUAGGGAAAUUUUGUAAUUUGCGAUUCUUAGGCUAUUUGAGAAUAUAGUUUCUGAAAUUCGUGUCAGUCACACAAAAACGCCGAUGCUGAAAUUAAAAUAGCUACUAAGUAAAGAUAAAAAGUACAGUUGCUAUGUAAGUAUGUUUUACAUAAAUUCCUGUUAAAUGUAGGUAUGCCGAUGUCAUUUAAUAAUAUCAAUAUAAUUUGUAUAAUAAAACUUAAAUGUAAGGCGAAAAUGUCUGAAAUUUGAUUGGUGAAUGCGGCUUACUUCGUUACCGACAAAAAUCCUAAUUAUUAUUUCAAUAUGUCAUUUAUUAUUUGGGUUAAAUUAACCCAAUACAAAGCUUCUUUAAUUCAAAGUUUUUUUAUUGUAAAAUUAUAAAUAUGUAUUCAUAAAAAUAAAUGUUUCUUCUGGCGGAAUUUAAGGCUUACUUUUUAGAGUAUAGGUAAUUUUGAGGCCUAAUGCAGGCAAAGUAUUUGUACCUAUUGUGUUUGAUUUACUAUAUUUUUAGUAUUUAGGUAUUUUUUAUAGAAAAGAAUGACUCGAGUCGAAUUAAUCAAUUUUUGGACAAAAUGUUAGACACUUUGUAACCUAUUUAUGUCCCUAAUCUUGUAUUUUUUACUUGGUUGGUACAGUCAAAAUGAGAAGUAAAUUAAUAUGUUUUCUAUGACUUCAUCAGUGUUUAUAUUUUAAUAUUAAAUGAAAUAAUCAAAAAGUUUAUUACUUGCGUUUGUAAAUUCUUAUUCGACAAUUAUAAUAAUCAUUUUUGAUCUUUUGACUUUGACUGUACCCAUAGAAGAAUAGAUUUAUAUAAAAAAUAAAUUUAAUUUUCAGUUAUAAAGUAGAACACUGCCAUUGUAUAGUUUUAUAGGAACUUCAUUUAUUUAAAAAAUAAAACUAGAAAAUAAUCGAUUUUGGAAUGUUUCGAUAUUAUUGGUUUGAAAAUAAUCGUAAUUGUAAAAUUCAUUUAGUACCUAAUAAUUGUUAUUUUUAAGGCACCUACUAAUAUAAAUUUUAAAUAGGCUACUUAUUUGUAUAAUUUAUACUUUUACAGCUUAGACAUACAGACAGUUUUCCAACAAAAAAAUAUGUAAUUAAAUGGUAGAUCUCUAUUUUCUAGGUAAAUUAAAGAAAACAUAAUGCUAUAUGGAUUCGCCAAUUCGUUGGAAAGCAGCCUAAGAUACUCAGAUAUAAUAAAAAAAAGUUUUACCUUUGAAUAAUAAAAGUGCAAUGGAAUAUAA